GGACUUUUCCGGUUCGAGUCUGCGCAGUAGGUAUGGACUUAAAAACAGGAAUAACUUGCAGAAAAACUGCAAUGACGAAUUUUAUUACCAUACCUUUGAGCUUUUCUCACCGGUAAUGUGUUCGACAUUUCACUCUCUCUCUUUACACCUGACUCCUCUUUCAAGAGUCGGUCGCUGUUAAACAGCUAUAUUUUAUUUAUUUAGUUCGCUUCCUGAUAGUGGAAAAACCCACAAUGGCAGAUUCGGAGAACCAGAAAUUCUGUCUGCAGGAGGUCCUGGAGAGUUUUAAAUCGUGUCUAUCGCCAGAAAAAGAAAUCUACAUCGAACACUACGUUUCUGGAUGGAGGGGUCUUGUGAAGCUUCUGAACAGCUUGGGGAGCCUCUUCGGUUUCAUCUCUAAAGAUGCUGUCAGCAAGACCCAGAUCCUGAUGAACUACCUGAAGAGUGAGAACGGCCCUCACUACGCCACAGUGCAGUCCAUGGUCAAGUUUGAGCUGGACAAUGAACUGGUGGACGUGGACAAGAAGGGUAUCUAUCCUGAGUCGGGUUGCCGCACUCUGCUGAGGCUCCACCGUGCAUUGAGGUGGCUUCAGCUCUUCCUGGAACGCCUGCGGACCAGCAAGGAAGACGACAAGACUUCAGUCAUGUGCAGGGACGCCUACAAUGAGUCCCUGGCCCAGCACCACCCGUGGCUGAUCCGUAAGUCAGCUGGCAUGGCUUUCUACAGCCUUCCUGUAAGACUGGCUUUCUUUGAAGUGAUGAACGUCGGCACACCUGAGCAGGUCGUGGACGUCCUGGGGAAGGCCGUGCCUCUCCUUUGUGAGGUGUACCAGAUCACAGAGGAACUUUACCAGAAACACAACCUGCACGAUUUACCAUAGAAAGGGAACAAGUGCUAGAUUUUAUCUGUCUGUAAAUUAUUCCUGCUGGAGUGCUGUGGAAACUGCUGCUGCUGUAUGAUUAUCCCAGCAUGUGUGCUAUGUCUAAGAGUAAUUCUUCACACUGAUUGCAUUACAAUUUGAGGUAAAAUAUUGCCUGUUUAUCUUGGACUCAUUGUCAUGUAACUUAAAUUGAUCAUUUUACCGUUUCUUAGGUGUUCUUUAAAUUAAAAAGCAGGAGGUAUUUGAUAACUGUGGACACAUUACUCAUGAAACAAAUAAUUAGUCUUAAAAAUGAUACAUUACCUAAUACCAGUAGAUAGCCUAUCAGUUGUUCUAUUUAAAUCUAGCUUGAUACCAUAUAUAAGC